AAACUCUUUCAGCAGCCCUUAAUCACCAAGAGGAGAUUAAUUAAGCUCUGUGAUCAGCUGAAAUGGGAAGGUCUCCGUGCUGUGCUGAUGAUGCCAACGUGAAAAAGGGGCCUUGGACUCCAGAUGAGGAUCAGAGACUGGUCGAUUACAUCAACACAACUGGCCAUGGAAGUUGGAGGUCUCUUCCAAAGCAAGCAGGCUUAAACAGAUGUGGGAAAAGUUGCAGAUUAAGGUGGACUAAUUAUUUGAGGCCUGAUAUCAAGAGAGGCAAAUUCAGUGAAGAAGAAGAGAAACUUAUCAUCAACCUUCAUUCAAUUCUUGGAAACAAGUGGUCUAGGAUUGCUGCUCAUCUUCCUGGACGAACACAUAACGAGAUUAAGAACUUUUGGAAUACACACGUUCGGAGGAAGCUAUUGAAUCUGGGAAUUGACCCUUACACCCACAAGCCAAGAACUGAUCUUGAUCACCUUUUGAACAUUACACAACUGCUUUGUGUGGCUCAAUUAGGCAACUUGACGAACCCUCUGGACACUGUUUUUAAACUUCACGCUGAUGCUGCUCAACUAGCCGAAGCCCAAUUGCUUCAAAAUCUAAUGCAGAUUAUGAACACGAGUCAACGGAAUCCCUACCAACUUGAAGGACUAGUUGAACAAACACCUCAGAAUAUCCCCAUUCAUGCUGGUGCAGUCCCUCAAAAUCAACAGAUUUUGAGCAAUUCCUUUGAACAAAAUGAAAAUCAACUUCCUGGGUUGGUUUCAAUAUCUCCUGAGACUGCACAAGAUUCCUCUACCUACGAGGCUUGGGAGAAGCUGCUUAUGGAAGAUGAAGCCGAUGGUGGUGCUUCCUACUGGAAAGAAAUCCUGGACUUCACUUCAUCAACUUCGUCACCCGUUAUUGUCAAGGAGUUAGAGGAGGCAGAGGAAGCAGAGGAGGAAGAGGAAGCAAAGGAGGCAGUGGAGAAGGAAGAAGAGAUGGUUGGAGGGGUGGAUGACGGUCAGGGGGAUUACGGUGAGGGAAAACAGAAUUUGGAUCCGGAAUGUCCUACACCCGAGAAGAAGAAGCAGAAGGUUGAAAAAGCGGUUAUUCCAAGCAGAAUUGAACCGGUCGAAGCUGAAAUUUAUGUUCUGUAA